CCUCCUUCUUCUUCUUCUUCUUCAAUUCUUCCUCUCAGUCCAUCAACCCUCUCGCAACAUGAAGAUCUUCGCCAUCCCCCUCCUAAUCGCCACGGCCUCCAGCCUUACCGCCGCUUCAUCACUCUGUCCUUUGAAUAACACCCCUAAGUGCUGCACUGUCGAAGGCUCGGACCUAUUUCCUACGCGCUGUGUAGAACUUAGCACAACCCCAACCAGCGCUGCCGAGUUGAACUCCAUUUGUAAAGCGCAGCAGAAGGAGGCUCGGUGCUGUGUUCAAUCUGAAACCUUGCUGGAGGAUGUCUGUAGUCAGGUGAUUGGUGCUUAAUUAGUUAGUAUGCAUUGCAUUGCACUAUUGGGUAGGGGAGGGAAGGG